UUUUAUUCCCAACCAACCACUGAACCAUCAUUUCCCUACCAAUAAUUGGCUUAGGGAAGAAAAGGCAGAAAACAAAACAAGUUCAUCAUGUGCAGCUUGAUCUGACUACACCCCCUUUCAGAAAGCAGCCUGGGUUAGGCGCCCAUUUAAGGAAUAAAUGAAGAAGUAGCAAUAAGGAAAUUUUAAUUGUUGCUGUACACAAAAAGAGAACUGUACGUUGACAGUGUUUCCAGAGUACUUUCCUAAUUUUUCUGACAGCUAAAUGCAUAUGAAACAGAAAAGUGUGUAUCAGCAAACUCAAGCGCUUCUGUGCAAGAAUUUUCUUCAGAAAUGGAGAAUGAAAAGAGAGAGCUUAUUGGAAUGGGCACUCCCAAUACUUCUGGGCCUGUACAUGGGACUAUUUUCACAUUUCAGAGAAAACACGUAUUUUCCUGAAUUGCCUCCUCAAGAUCUGGGAAAGGCAGAUCAUGUUAAUAACUCUAUAGCUAUUGUAUAUACACCUAUCUCUGAUCUAACCCAGCAGAUAAUGAAUAAAACAGCAUUUGCUUUUUUGAAAGAAAGAAGGAUCAUUGGAGUACCGAAUCAAAAAUCCAUGGAUAAAAUACUUCUAGACAAUAUCACAGGCAUUGUGGGAAUUGUCUUUAAUGACACUUUCUCUUAUAAGUUAAAAUUUUUUCAGGGAUAUCACAUUCCAUUUUUGAAGGAAGAUCUUUUCGCAGCUCAUUGUUGGAAUCUGAACGAUGAGCGUUCCUGUUCUCUGUCCAAAUACUGGAGUAGUGGAUUUGUGGCUUUACAAACUGCAAUUAAUGCUGCUAUUAUACAAAUCACAACAAAUCACUCUGUGAUGGAGGAGUUGAUGUCUCUUACUGCUAUAAAUAUGAAGACUUUACCUUUUAUUUAUAAAGACAUUCUUCAAAAGGAGCUGUUUAUUUUCUACUGCCUGCUUUACUUUUUUCCAUUUAUAUAUUUUUUAUCACUUAAUGUUACAAAAGAGAGAAAAAAGUGCAAGGAUUUUAUGAAAAUGAUGGGUCUGCAAGAAUCAGCCUUCUGGCUCUCCUGUGGCUUAAUCUAUGCUGGCUUCAUCUUCAUUAUUUCCAUAAUGAUUACAGUUAUUAUAACAUCUACCCAAAUUAUAGUCAUGACGGGCUUCAUGGUCAUAUUUACACUCUUUUUCUUAUAUGGCUUAUCUUUGAUAACUUUAACAUUCCUGAUGAGUGUGUUGUUAAAGAAAACUCUCCUCACCAAUUUUGUUAUGUUUCUCCUCAAUGUCUUUUGUGGGGGUGUGGGAUUCACUGUAUAUUAUAGACAACUUCCUUCCUCUUUGGAGUGGAUUUUGAGUAUUUGCAGCCCUUUUGCCUUCACUGCUGGAAUGAGUAAGAUUAUCUACUUGGAUAAUACUAUGAAUGGUAUAAUUUUUCCUGACCCUUCAGGAGACUCGUAUGUAAUGAUUGCAACUUUUUCCUUACUGGCUUUUGAUGCACUUUUCUACUUGGCAUUGGCAUUAUACUUUGACAAAAUCUUACCCUAUGGAGAUGAGCGCCAUUAUUCUCCAUUAUUUUUCCUGAACUCAUCUUGUUUCCAACACCAGAGGACUAAUAAUAAGGUCAUCGAGAAAGAAAUAGAUCCUGAGCAUCUCUCUGAGGAUUAUUUCGAACCAGUAGCUCCAGAAUUCCAAGGAAAAGAAGCCAUCAGAAUCAGAAAUGUUAAAAAAGAAUAUACAGGAAAGUCUGGGAAAAUGGAAGCAUUGAAAGACUUGCUCCUUGACAUAUAUGAAGGUCAAAUCACAGCAAUUCUGGGUCAUAGUGGAGCUGGCAAAUCUUCAUUGCUAAACAUCCUUAAUGGGUUGUCUGUUCCAACAGAAGGAUCAGUUACCAUCUAUAAUAAAAAUCUCUCUGAAAUGCAAGACUUGGAGGAAAUCAGAAAGAUAACUGGUGUUUGUCCUCAAUUCAAUGUUCAAUUUGACAUACUCACUGUGAAGGAAAACCUCAGGCUGUUUGCUAAAAUAAAAGGGAUUCAGCCAAAGGAAGUAGAACAAGAGGUACAAAGAAUUUUGUUAGAAUUGGACAUAGAAAACAUUCAGGAUAACCUUGCUAAACAUUUAAGUGAAGGACAGAAAAGAAAGCUGACCUUUGGGAUUGCCAUUUUAGGAGAUCCUCAGAUUUUGCUAUUAGAUGAACCGACUGCUGGGUUGGAUCCCUUUUCAAGGUAUCGAGUUUGGAGUUUCCUCAAGGAACACAAAGCAGGCCAUGUGAUCCUCUUGAGUACCAAUCUCAUGGAUGAGGCUGAUGUCCUGGCUGAUAGAAAAGUGAUCAUGUCCAGUGGGAGACUGAAGUGUGCAGGGUCUUCUGUCUUUUUGAAGAGAAAAUGGGGUCUUGGAUAUCACUUAAGUUUGUACAGAAAUGAAGUAUGUGAUCCAGAAAAAAUAACAUCCUUCAUUAAUCAUUACAUCCCUGAUGCUAAAUUAAAAACAGAAAACAAAGAAAAGCUUGUGUAUACUUUGCCCAUGGAAAGGACAAAUAAAUUUCCAGACCUUUUCAGUGAUCUUGAUAAGUGUUCUGGCCAGGGUGUGACGAGUUACGACAUUUCCAUGUCAACUCUGAAUGACGUCUUCAUGAAACUGGAAGGAAAAUCAACUAUUGAACAAGAUUUUGAACAAGCAGAGAUAAGAGAUGGAGAGAGCCUACAUGAAAAAGAGCCAUCUUGCUCUCCUUUCCCUGAAAUGCCGAAGGCUGUGAGCGACAUGGUCCUCUGGAAAAUGCAGAUCAGUGCAAUGGCAUGGCUCCGUUUCUUAAAGUUAAAACGUGGGAAGAAAGAGCUUUUGAUCCUACUCUUGGUGUUUGGGAUUGCAAUGUUCCCUUUGAUUGUGGAAAAGAUACUUUAUGCUCUGUUAAUUCAAAAGAGUGAUUGGGAAUUUACACCUGAACUGUAUUUCCUCUCUCUUGGACAACCUCCCGAAGACCUUCGUACCAGCCUAUUGAUCAUCAAUAACACAGAAUCAAAUAUUGAAGAUUUUAUACAGUCAGUGAAGCAUCAAAAUAUACUUUUGGAAGUAGAUGACUUUGCAAACAGAAACGGCACUGAUGACCUGUCGUACAACGGAGCUAUCAUAGUUUCUGGUAAACAAAAGGAUUACAGAUUUUCAGUUGCGUGCAAUACCUUGAGACUGCACUGUUUUCCUAUUCUUGUGAAUAUUAUUAGCAAUGGGCUACUUCGAAUGUUUAAUUGUACACAAAAUAUUCGAAUUGAGAGAAGCCCAUAUCCUUUUAAUUAUAUGUUCUUCUGGACUGGACUGCCGGAAGGUUCCAUGUUCUUGUUUUGGGUUGUGUGCAGCAUUUCACCUUACAUCUCCAUGAGCAGUAUCAGCGAUUACAAAAAGAGAGCUAAGUCCCAGCUAUGGAUUUCAGGCCUCUACCCUUCUGCCUACUGGUGUGGGCAGGCACUGGUGGAUAUUAGCGUCUUCAUUUUUCUUCUCCUUUCAAUGUAUUUAAUUUUUUACAUAGCCAACAUAACGGAGGUUUAUAUCACAAGUCGAAUUGUGUUUGGUUUGGUUGUAUUUGGGCUUGGUUAUGCAACUUCACUUGUCUUCUUGACAUAUGUGAUAUCAUUUAUUUUUCGCAAGUGGAAAAAAAAUAGUGGCCUUUGGUCAUUUUGCUUCUAUAUUAGAGCUUACGAGCACCAACCAAAAUACCCAGAACACAGAUAUGACCCAAGCGGAGUUGAUCUUCUAGUAUGCCUAAUACCUUACUUGCAGGCUUUGAUAUUUGUUUUUAUCCUAAGAUGCAUGGAAGCAAAAUGUGGAAAGAAAAUAAUGCGAAAGGAUCCUGUUUUCAGAAUUUCCCCCCAAAGCAGAGGUGCUCGACCUAAUCCCGAAGACCCUGUUGAUGAGGAUGAAGAUGUUAAAGCAGAAAGGCAAAGAGUAGCAGCCGCCCUGACCACUUCACACACAGACGAGAAGCCUGUCAUAAUCGCUAGCUGUCUACACAAGGAGUAUGCAGGUCAGAAAAAAAGUUGCUUCUCAAAGAGGAAGAAGAAAAUAGCAGCAAGAAAUAUCUCCUUCUGUGUUAAAAAAGGUGAAAUUUUGGGAUUGCUAGGACCCAACGGUGCUGGUAAAAGCUCAUCUAUUAGAAUGAUUUCUGGGAUCACGAAGCCAACAGCUGGAGAGGUAGAACUGAAAGGAUGUGGUUCAGUUUGGGAUGAUCAGGCAGACAACACGGUCAACUUCCUGGGAUAUUGUCCUCAGGAGAACGUGCUCUGGCCCAACCUGACAGUGAGGGAACAUCUGGAGGUCUUCGCCGCCAUCAAAGGGCUGAGGAAAGGGGACGCCACCGUUGCCAUCGCAAGAUUGGUGGAUACUUUCAAACUGCAUGACCAGCUAAAUGUUCCAGUGCAGAAAUUACCGGCAGGAGCUACCAGAAAGUUGUGUUUUGUGCUGAGCAUCCUGGGAAAUUCGCCGAUCCUGCUUCUGGAUGAGCCAUCGACAGGCAUGGACCCAGCAGGGCAGAGGCAACUGUGGCAGAUGAUCCAGAAAGCCAUUAAAAACACAGAAAAAGUGGCACUCCUGACCACCCAUUACCUGGCCGAAGCCGAGGCCAUAUGUGACCGCAUCGCUAUCAUGGUGUCUGGAAGGCUGAGGUGCAUCGGUUCCAUCCAACACCUGAAAAACAAACUUGGCAAGGAUUACGUUCUAGAACUGAGAGUGAAGGAAGCUGCCCAAGUGACUUGGGUCCACACCGAGAUUCUGAAGCUUUUCCAGCAGGCUACACAGCAGGAAAGGUAUUCCUCCUUCUUGGUCUAUAAACUACCUUUGGUGGAUGUUUACCCUCUGUCUCAGACCUUUCGCAAAUUGGAGGCAGUGAAACAUAACUUUAACCUGGAAGAGUACAGCCUCUCUCAGUGCACAUUGGAAAAGGUAUUUUUAGAGCUUUCUAAGGAGCAGGAUCUGGAAAAUUUCGAAGAAGAAAUUGAUACAACCAUGAGAUGGGAACUCCUCUCUCCUUCAGACGACUUUUAAAAGUUCAAACCUAUUAAUUCUUGUGUCAUAUAAGCCUCGGUUCUAUGUAAUAAUUGGCAGUAUGUAUAAUUUUAAAAAUCAUUAACAUCAGUAUCAGGGUAUAUUUUGUAUAUUUGAUCAACAAAUGAAUACAUGUCAAAAUUGUUCUUCCCCUUAAAUUUAGGAAUGAUAGAAAAUCUGUGAUAAAGGCAAUAUAAAGUAUUAAUAAAGUUACCUGAAGACCAGA